UGUCAUUCUCAUUUCUGAUUCUAUUCAAUAAAUUGAAUGGAUAGGCUGUUUGAUUGUGAAUUUGUGAAACGAUAAUUUAUUCUAGUGACCUGACACAGUUUUAAUGGAUCCAUAGAAAUGAAAAAUAGACUGCAGUAAUGACUAUUGAAAACCCAUAGGGCGAUACAAGUUGGAGCAGUUUUGGUGUACUUUUAUUCUUGUCUCAUACUUGAAGUGGAACUUCUGAGAUUCUUGCGAUAGAGAUGCUGCAAGGCGAAUUCUGGUCACUGCUGUGCAGAGGUCGUAAGAAAAAAAUUAUAACUUUAAUAAUAAUAUUGAUAUUUUUAAUAAACGCGAUGUUAUACGUCAGUAUGGAAUUGUACAAUACCAUAAGAAGAAACCGUGAAGAUUGGAGUAAAAAUUGGCAAAAUGAACAGUCAAAUACAGAGAAAGGUGGCAUGAGAGUAAUAGUUGGGCACUAUAUUGGAGGCUUUGGUAAAGGCAACUUAUCUGAUGAUAUAAUAAACAGUAACAAUUAUGCACCAAUCAAAGGUGCCGGGGAAGGUGGCAGGCCAGUGCAGCUGGCUCAGCGGGAGCUCAUCACAGCAAGGGAAUUGUAUCAACUGCACUCAUAUAAUAUUCUAGUCAGCGACAAAAUAUCCAUCAACAGAAGUUUGCCUGACAUGAGAAGUGACAGUUGUAAGAGCGUGGAAUUCAACCUAGAUAACUUGCCGACGGCGACCGUCGUCAUAGUGUUCCACAAUGAGGCGUGGUCGACGCUGAUGCGUACGGUCAUGUCAGUUAUCAUGAGGUCCCCUAAGCAGCUGUUGAAACAGAUUAUCUUAGUAGACGAUGCCAGUGAGAGAAGGUACCUCGGCAAAGAGCUGGACGAUGCCAUAGCCAAUUUGGACAAAGUGGAGGUUAUUCGCAUGAAAGAACGCAAAGGGCUGGUGGGAGCUCGACUGUUGGGAGCCAGGAAGGCUGAAGGAGACGUGUUGGUGUUUUUAGAUGCUCAUUGUGAGGUAACACAAGGUUGGCUCGAACCGCUUCUCGAUCGAGCCGGGAGCGACGACGUCUUCAUAUGCCCGCACAUAGAUCUACUAUCCGAGGACACCUUAGCCUACACCAAGAGCAUCGACGCGCACUGGGGCGCUUUCAGCUGGAACCUUUUCUUCCGCUGGCUCAACCCCAGUGCUGAAGUCAUGGCUCAGAAGGCCAAAAACCCUUCCAAACCCUACCCCACACCAGCUAUGGCUGGAGGGCUUUUCGCAGUCAGGAAAAGCCUCUUCUGGCGCUUAGGAGGAUACGAUGAAGGUAUGCUUAUUUGGGGAGCCGAGAACUUAGAAUUGUCAUGGCGAGCCUGGCAGUGUGGCGCUCGAGUAGAAAUCACACCGUGCUCUCGAGUAGGACACAUUUUUAGACGACACAGUCCUUAUAAAUAUCCAGGAGGCGUUAGCAAAGUUUUAAAUGUUAAUUUAGCUCGCGCAGCCACUGUGUGGAUGGACGAGUGGGCCGAUUUCUUUUUUAAGUUCAAUCCUAACAUAGCAGCGAUACGCGAUCAACAAACCGUGUAUUCAAGAGUAGAGUUGCGGAAGAAUUUGAAAUGUAAAAGUUUUAAAUGGUAUUUGGAUAAUGUGUGGCCUCAGAAUUUCUUUCCGAGUGAUGAGAGAUGGUUUGGUAAGAUUAGGAGCGAUCUUGGUCCUUGUUUAGCGGUGCCGGAGCAGACGACGGGGCUCGCUGUACCAGCGAAGGGAGUUCCCUGUGGGAUUGACGAUAGAAGUUGGGAUACGAUGGUCGUUUACACUCCUGAGGGUAAGAUUAUGGGUGAUGAGAAUUUGUGUUUAGAGCGAACCGAAGGUCGCGCCAUGUGGAAGGCUUGUAAAGAGACGCCGAAGCAGAUUUGGGAGCAGAAGGGGCCUAGGUUAAAAACAAAAGACGGUCUGUGCUUAUCGUUAGCUUUGAUCGAUAAACAAGCAGAUGGUUUUAGUGAUAUCGUCUCAACAAAGAAGUGUCGCGACAAAAUGCGUGAUGCGGCGACCACGCAACAGAUCUGGCAUUUUGACCGAGUGCCUUGGCGGUAAAUGUGAUAUUAAAAGUACUUAAAUAAAAUUAAAAGUACAACAUUAUUCCUCAAUAUAUUUGUAAUUAAGAUAUUACAAUAUAUUUGUUAUUAAGAUACAAUAUUGUUGUAAUUAAGAAUCUCAUUCUUUGUUGCUUCGUUUUCUCUCUUCGAACUUUUAUACUUAUAUGGUGUUUAUGUUAAAUGUUUAUUACGGAACAAUAUACACUAUAUUACUACAUAGUUGUAUGUUUUAGAAGAUUAGUAGUAGCAUAUAUUUUGGACAUUCCAAUAAUUGUAUAAAAACAAGUAUUAAAUGUAUACUAUUAUUUAGAUACUCUUUUGCCGAUGUGUAAAAUAAGUUCAGUAUAUUUUUGUAGUAUAGCGAUUUAUCACAUAGUACCUGUAUGUAUAAUAAUUAUAUGUGUGUAAUUUAUUAAUCGUUUAUUGGCCAACAUCUCAUACUAUUGAUAUAAUCUACACUUUACAGCUUUUGAAAGAUUUUUUUUUUAGUAAUAUUUUCUUCAUACACUUUAUAACAUUACGUAUUUUAAUUUGAUAAACAGCAAAAUCAUAUUAAAUCGAGGGUUUUUGGAGAUAUAUUUAAACUAAGUGCUUAAAACCCUUUGAGCCUUUGACCGCUAACGCGCCAACACAGCCCAAUAUCAACCUUCGUGCAUUCCGACAAGGUUCAAGAUGAUGCGACGCACACGAUGGCGCAGGCGUGGCGUUGAAAGGGUUAAUUUAGCUGCAAAAAAUACAUUUGAAACUGUCUGCAUAUAAGCAUCAAGCAUUCGGUACGCAUUUGCUGGCAAAAAACCUACCACAUUUCUAAGUUCUCUAAGAUGCCUGACUAAGCAUAUGUAUCCUGUAUGUAUCACAUUCGAGGAACUUAUUUAUUUUUAUACCGUUUAUAUUGAUCUGAUGGUUGCACUCCACUGACAAUUAUUUUUAAUUAUUUUUUUAAUUAAUAAAAUCUAAUUGUAAUAUUUAUAGUACACAAUGAACGAAUAUUUGCAUUUAUUUUGGAAAUACUCAAUGCCAUAGGCCAGUUGUAUUACUCGUAAUUAUAUGUGUAUUUUGUACAAAAUUUUAGACGUAAGUAAACUUAAUGAUGUAACUUGCAGCUUAAUAUCUAGUCUUUUUAGAUAGUUUGCAAUAAAUAAUAUAGUAUGCUUAGUGUAUUAGACGUGUUUUGUCUAAGUACUUCUCAUAU